AUGCCGUUAGACGAGAUCCGACAGCGUGAUCGCGUGGAUCGAGGACAGUGGAUCGCUGAAGAACAACUCGGCUCUGAAUUCGUGAAAUUCGAUUGGCCAUUGAACCAGUUUGGCAGGAAUCUGGCGGUGGAAGGCACAAGAUUCAAAGAUUGGUGGAUCGUUUUGAAUAUCGAUGGCCCCAUAGCAGGCGAACAAGAGGAUGUCAUCAGAUGA